UCUCUCUCUUGACCUCUAUCACUUCCACUUAAACGUAGCAUAUAUCCCUUGUUCCCUCUAUUCUUAUAUCUCUGUGGUUGCAACUUUUCGUCGAGGAAAUUCCUUUAGUUAAUUAAGAAGUUCAUCGAAGGAGAAAAGAUACAUUAAGGUUGAAUUAUGCCACGAGUCCUAUAGGUAUUACGUUUCAACAUAAUUCAAUGCACCGUGCAUUAAGUAUAUUAAACAGAGCCAGAAUUAAUUUGGGUUGGUGAUAGAUGCUACAGAUUUUAUGAAAGUAGUGCCUGGAAAAACAUUCAUACAUCAGCCCCAUACAUGGAGGAUAAAGAACCAGUUUGUUCAGAUGAAGAGCUUGAAAAUGAGAUAGAAAUAGUAGAUUAUGAUGCAUUUUUUAAACAUACCUUCUACGUACCUAAAAUUUUUUAUUCACAUAUAAUUGGUGCAAAAGGUACAAUACUUAAAAAAUUAGAAGUUGAGACAAAAGCAACCAUAUAUGUACCAAAGAAAAAGGACCAAGAUGAAAACAUUGUUAUUACUGCACAAGAUCGUAAAGCCAUAGUAUCAGCAAAACAUAGAAUUGAUUUGUUAGUGGAAGCCUCGAAAAAAAAAAUACGUUUUACACAUUUCUUAUCGAUACCAUUAAAUACAGAAGAAAUAAUUGAGAAAUAUUAUUCUUUUAAAAAUAAUGUGUUGGAAAAUUAUGGCAAAACUGCGUAUAACAUUGAUGAAUCAUUGUUCCAAACAUCAUCUAAAUUGCAUCUUACCAUUGGAGUGCUGAAAUUAUUCGAUGAUAAGGAGAAAGAACAAGCUGUUAAUGCUCUUAUGCAUUGUAAAGAAAAUAUCAUAGACCCCAUCCUUGAAAAAGCUGGACCACUAAAUAUACACUUACGAGGGGUUGCAUGUAUGAAUGAUGAUCCCACUGAGGUUAAAGUUUUGUUUGCACAAGUUACACCCAAUGAAAAAUUACAAGAAAUUGUUGAUAAAAUUGCUGAUUAUUUUACAAACAUAGGUUUACGAGAGAAGGAAUAUGAAAGAGUGAAGUUACACAUGACUGUAAUGAAUAUACACUUUAAAGAUGAGAAGGAAGCAUAUAAACAAAAAUUUAAUGCAAGCGAAAUAUUAAAAAUUCAUGAGAAUACAUUAUUUGGAACGAAUAUAUUUAAUCGGAUUGACAUAUCUGAAACACAUACUGCUACAAAGGACAAUUACUAUAAAUCAAUAGCCAGUAUUACUUUUUAAAUACAAAUACUUGCUAUGUUUAUAUAACAAUUGCUUUUUAAGCAAAAGAAGUAAGUUACAUAUGCACACACAUACUAUAUAUAUAUAUAAAAUAUUCUCUCCUCUUAUGUAGUGUACCAAAAUAAAGAAAAUGUAACUUUCAUAUACUAAUAAAUGAAAUUUAAACAAAUUGUAUAUAUAUAUAUACGGUAUUUUUUAAUAGUUGUAUAAAUAUCUGCGAAUUGCCUAUAAAUUAUACGUAAUAUUUUAUUAAAUGUGUAACUCAUGCAAUUAAUAUAUGAUUUAUAUAUCAUUUAUAUAUUGUUAGUAAAACAGAUGAAUCAUACACGAUAACGGUCAAAUCCUAUUCAUAUCGCUUAUCAAUCGUUUAUCUAGAUGUCGAUAAAGUUCAGUUUUUAUCUAUAGUCUUAUUAACGCUUAAUCUUUUUCUACUAACGUUUAUUACAAAUGUAAUUAAUAUGUAAUUAGAACAUAUACUGUAAAGCUCUGGAAUUUAAAACUUUUAUGAAUAACGACUUGAUAG